ACUAUAAAUGAGAGUAUAAUUAUCAUUACUUCUUAAAUAAAAUCUAUUUUGAUUAUUUUUAUGGGUUAUUUAGAGAACAAAAAGUAAAAAAUAAAAUUUUGGAGAUUCGCAUUUGAUAAAAUGUGUAUAAAAUCUAUUCAAAAUCUUUUAUUUUUUUGUGGAUAAAAAUAUUGAGAUAUGCUAUUUUCAUCUCUAAAUAUAGAGACAAAAAGUAACAUUUCUCUAUAUUUUUCUCUAAAAUAGCUAAAAUAGAAAAAUUCUAUUAUAAAGUUAUACAUUGGAACAAAUUCACAUUAAUAAUAGAAAUCUCUAUUUUAGAGAAAAAUAUAGAAGCAUACAUUAGAGAUGCUCAUAGCAGAAACUAUAAAACGGAGAGGCUGACUCUCACAAAGAUGAAGAAUCACAACUACACUACAAACAUAAGAGUUCAGAAGAGAAUUCCAAUAGCAAAACAAAAAUAACAUUCCUUCAAAAAAAUGGGGAUAUCCGCAUUCGAAUGGGGAGAAAGGCAACUAACGCUGCUGUAUAACAGAGACAACUUUGAUACCUGGAUGAUAAACGGGGCGGCUUGGAAUGUCGAGGUGUUGAGUGGUUGGGCUCAACCGAACGGUGGGACAUGGUGUGGUAUCUCUAGAAAUGGCCGAGUUGCUUUUCUUGUGGACGCAAUGAUCUUUGACGGUUUAAACAAUUGCGUCUCUCUUCCUGCUGAGUUCUUGCAGGGCCACAUGAGUCCACAAGACUUUGCAAAUGAAAUAGCUACAGACCCUUUGAGAUACACCGGGAUGACCUUUAAGCUAAUUGUGGCAGACAUAACUUCAAACUCUAUGUUUUAUAUCAACAAAUUAUCUGCAACUGUGCCACAUGUUCGUACAGAACAAGUUGCUUUUGGGGUGCAUAUCCUUUCUUAUUCCGGACUCGAUGGCCACCUUCCCAAUGAUUUACGUCUGAAAGAUUUUUUCAAUGAGAUGAUUGAUGAAUAUAAAAACGAAGAGCAACCAUCGCUUAGGGAGACUGCUGAGAGGUUUAUGUAUGAUCCAACCGAAGCUGUGGAAGGAAAUAAGCUGACAGCAUUUUUUGUGGACUUUGAAGUAAGAGAAUACAGUAAUUGGAUUCCGAUAAAAGAAGGACGCUACAGAACAACGAGUACAACAGCAUUGACCGUGAAACCGACUAAUGAAGUAAAGUUCUAUGAGAGGUAUUUGGAGAAUGGCGAAUGGAGAGACCAUCAAGUAUCUUUCAACAUCGUCUAGUUUUUAACCAACAUUGCUCAGCAUCUAUCUGAAUAUUAUAUUAUCUCUAUUAUCGUUGAUUAUUGUCUCUCUUUCUCUUUACUUUCACCUUAAUUCAUUCAUGUGUUCAUUGCGUUAGGGUCUUUCUGUGAUCCGUGAAAGUUACUUUGUCAAAAAAAAAAAACACUGAAACAACAUUUCAUGAGCAAGUUGAAUCCACCGCAUAAAACAAGCCUAAUCUUUAGAAGGAGAAAUGCCACGUCAUCGAAUAAGCUUAUCCCAUUUCUUCACCUCACAAUGACACGUCAUGACAGACAGUAUCUAAAACCAACCAAUCACAACGCGUCUCUACAGAUAGUAUGGAGUUUGCUUUUUAGAGCCAUGCAUUGCGUUAUCUCAUUUUCUCCCUCUCACCACAUAAAACUAAUACACCUCACAAUUUCUCAAUCGACACAAAGAUAUCAAAAUAAAAAAGUAAAUCUAAGCCUCUAAUCUUCAUCAUGGCUUCAGUAACCUCAGCCACCGUCGCAAUCCCAUCGUUCACCGGUCUCAAAUCAACAAUCU